UGUCGGAAAAAAAUACGUUCGAUGACAAGCCGGUGGCGGCACCGUCAGCAAGCAGUAGCCAGGCAGGCACACACAGCUGAGCUCGCACCCCUCAAGACCGAUCCAUCGUCGUCAUCGGUUUCUCACGCUGGCAUGUUCUCCAACCGAAAAGGGAACAGUUCACUCGCUACUGCCCCCCACCCCCCCAUAAAGGUUCUAACUUCGAAUCCUCGAUAGCCAUGGUGGGAGCAACAUCCUCGCGGAUUUAGGUGACAUUAUUGGAGAUAAGAAACUACUACAUCGAGACAACAAAGCAUUCCUCUUUUUACAUCGGGACGGCAUCCGGCAUGAAAAGAAGCUCCGGGGACGGGGACACCGGUCGGAACAACGCACAUCGUUUCUGGUGAGCGCUAUGGCCUCCCCUUCCCGAGAGCUCCAUGGAGAAGAUGAAGCGGUUUAGAAGGAGGCUGUCCCAGACUCUGAGAGGUAGUCAGACCAUCGAUGAGUCUCUGUCUGAACUGGCUGAACAGAUUACUAUAGAGGAGAACGGCAUCAAAGACAGCGAGCCCAUGGUGAGGAACGGUCAUGGUCUCCCCCCCUCAGCCCACAGUGUUAACUCCUUCCUGCAGCAGUACACUGGCCCCUUUAAGAAGCCCCCGCUACGGAGACCUCAGAGUGUCAUAGGAGGAGGAGGGCUAGGGUCUCUCAUGGCUAUGCCCCGCAACGGCAGCCGCCUCGACAUUGUCCAUGAGAACAUGAAGAUGAGUUCUGAUGGAGAGAGUGACCAGGCGUCAGGGACGAGCUCAGACGAGGUGCAGUCUCCCACAGGGGUAUGUCUAAGGAACAGGGGCAACCGACGCAUUUCCGCAGAGGACCUGAACAAGCGUCUGUCCCUGCCUGCUGACAUCCGUAUCCCAGACGGUUGCCUGGAGAAGCUACAGCUGACGAGCCCCUCCUUUGACCAGCCCCUCAGCCGCCGCUCCCGAAGAGCAUCACUGUCAGAAAUUGGAUUCGGCAAGCUGGAGACCUACAUCAAACUGGACAAAUUAGGAGAGGGGACGUAUGCUACAGUGUUUAAAGGAAGGAGUAAACUGACAGACAAUCUGGUGGCUCUGAAGGAGAUCAGACUGGAGCACGAGGAGGGAGCACCUUGCACUGCUAUCAGAGAGGUGUCCUUACUGAAGGACCUGAAACACGCCAACAUAGUGACCCUGCACGAUAUCAUCCACACAGACAAGUCCCUGACGCUAGUCUUCGAGUACCUGGACAAGGACCUGAAGCAGUACAUGGACGACUGUGGAAACAUCCUGAGCAUGCAGAACGUCAAGAUAUUCUUGUUCCAGAUCUUGCGAGGGCUGGCGUACUGUCACAAACGGAAGGUUCUUCACAGAGAUCUGAAGCCUCAGAACCUGCUCAUCAACGACCGAGGAGAACUCAAACUGGCAGACUUCGGUCUGGCCCGGGCCAAGUCAGUCCCCACUAAGACGUACUCCAACGAGGUGGUGACGCUCUGGUACCGGCCUCCUGACGUUCUGCUGGGCUCCUCGGAGUACUCCACACAGAUAGACAUGUGGGGUGUGGGGUGCAUAUUCUAUGAGAUGUCUGCCGGGAGGCCUCUGUUCCCUGGUUCUACUGUGGAGGACGAACUGCAUCUCAUCUUUAGACUGCUGGGCACACCUACAGAGGACAGCUGGCCUGGGAUCUCUUCCAUGGAUGAGUUCAAGUCCUACAAGUUCCCCAAGUACAAGACACAGCCCCUUAUCAACCAUGCGCCCAGGUUGGACACUGACGGCAUCGACCUGCUGCUUUCAUUUCUAAAAUACGAGUCCAAGAAGCGGAUGUCUGCAGACGAGUCAAUGAGACAGCCCUACUUCAGGAGCCUGGGGACGCACGCAUACACACUGCCAGAGAGCAUAUCCCUAUUUACGCUGAAGGAGGUCCAACUGCAGAGAGAUCCUGGCUAUAGGAACUCUAACUAUCCCGAGUCAGGCAACGGCAAGAACAGAAGGCAGAGCAUGGUCUUCUAGGUUCCUGUUCAACAGCUAACUGUAUAGUCAUACAGUCAGAGAUAGUUCAGUCCCAGAGACGGUUUGGCCCCUGGGGUUUUGGCCCAGUGAAACUGGCCCAAUAAAAGAGACGUUUAUACAUUUAUAUUUAUUGGGGAAGAGAGAAUUUGCUGCUAAAAAUCCAACUACUGUCUAGAAGAUUCUAACUGGCUCAGUCACUUUAAAAAAACAUGCAAUGUGUAUAGAUUUUUCAUUAUUUUGAAGUGGUGUUUUGUUCUUUUUGUGGUUUUGUCAUCAUUCAUUUCUAUUAUUUCCACCUCAUAAGUGUGAGUGUCAGACAGACCCCGACCGACCCUGACCGACCGACAUCUUCGCUGUUGCAGUCUGACCUUUUUGGAUUUUCUCUUAUCCGUUGACGUGCAUGGUGAUGUAUUCAAACAUCAUCCGUAUUUCUGGACCUUUCAUUUCACAAGAUACUGUUGAGGCCAGUUCAGCCCUGACCAUAUCCACCUGCUGUCAACCUGAAAUACUGUACCUCCAUUUUGAUAGAAGAUAUGGAAGCAGUGGUUGGCUUGGUGAAAACAGGUUCACAUAGUUGUUAGUGGGUAUAAACAAUGUAGAACUGGAGCUUCCACCAUACUGUAUUUUUGAAUUUACAGUAAAUCUAUCAAUAUGACCUGAUAAUCUAAUACCCUGCACAACGUGACUACAGUGUACAGUAGGCGACCUGGAACACGUCUAUUACCACCGCAUGAUGACAACUCUUCUCUCUAUUGCACCAAACUUCAUGUGUCUGCCAUGAAGGGUGUGUGAGCGGAGCUGAAAUCCCACUGUACUGUCCAACCACUGUCAUCCAUCCAUCCAUUCCGACCCUCCUUCAACCAUCUGUAAAAUGGUUCCUUAUUUUGGGUUGCUUUCAUCAUAAUUGUGUUGCAUGCAUGCUCUGUAUGGGAAAAGAAGCACACAUACAGUCACUGAACUUCUCGGUUGUUUCCGAAAUAGCAUCCUACUCCUUAUAUAGUGCACUUCUUUUGACCAGAGCCUAUGGGCUUCUAGUCAAAGGUAGUAGAGUAUCGGGUGCUAUUAGUACUAGUCCACGGCCCAUAUUUAUGAAGCAUCUCAGAGUAGGAGUGCUGAUCUAGGAUCAGUUAUACCUUUUAUGAUCAUAAUGAAUAAGACUCUGGGUACUCGGCUCUGCGCGCUCCAGCGGCUCGGAGAAGAGACUAUGAAUAACGUUACAUGGACUGGGAGGACCUGAUCCUAGAUCAGCACUCCUACUCGGAGACGCUUUAUGAACACAGGCCCAGUUUUCCUAGUGAAUACAGUACUGACUUUGCAUACGGUCUACUUAACAGUGUUACCUGUUACCUUUUAUGAUACUAUUACCUUAAGUUUAUUUGUGGAUCAUUGUUAUUAUGGGUGUGGCAUAUUGUUGGGAUGCCCUCCUUUUAUUUGAGAUAGAUUUCUUUUUUUUUUUCAGAGAAAAUACAAUUAAACGGAAGAUGAAAAAUA